AUGGCCCGACAAUCCAUCACCAGCACCACCAGCACCGUCGCCAGCACCGACAGCACCGGCCUGCGGAACAAGGUGCACAGCUCGUGGAAGUCCGCGACGCAGUACAUCUCCCAAAAGGCAAAGGAGCACCACCGCGGCGUGAACGAGGCCUACCGGGCUUACUAUGGAUUAAACGUGCCCACGUCGAGGAGGAACUAG